AUGGGACUGGAGGGUGCACUUUCACAAGCUCGUGCUGAUGUUGCGCCGACCUCGCCGAUUGGAAUCUCAGACGGUAUCGCUCUUCAAAACGCCGCCGAUACUUUGACGAAGAGCGUGAAGAUCAUGGUCAUGUCAGCAAUGCUCCAACGUCAGACGCUCGACCAGUUGAACAUGACACCGAUGCUUCUCCAAUCCUUCAUGAACCAAAACAUGUUGUCGGCUGCCCUAGGUCAGGCCGUUCUUUCUAAGCUUCCUGCGGAGGGUCUUCAAAGUGCCAUGGCCGCGUUUGCCGGGGCUGGCGGCUCAGUUGGAAUGGGCAUUGUGUCGCUCGCCAACCCUCCUUUGGCGAUGCCUCCUGGUAUGGGCCCUCCCAUGGGCGGUGUACCUCCGGCAGCUGUGCCAGCCACUGGUGCCCCUCAGACGGCUUCUCCAGGAAAUUCCUCUCAUCAGCCUCAAACCAGCUCGCCGCAAACCGGAUCUCAGCCCGCGAGCGGCUCACAGGGACAGGGACAGGGACAAGCAGGCAGCGCAGCGAGUAGCGUGUCGGUGAGCCAGGUUCUGGAGGGUAAUGUUGUGGCACUUUCCUGA